CACAGUUUAGGUGUGGUGUUGUAAGUGAAAGUAAAACUAAAAAACAAGUUUUGUCUUCCGUCCUUUUACAAACUCUCAACAACAGAAUUUAUUCAGACACUUAAGACGAUUGUAAACAUUCUUACAGAUGAGUUAAAGAUUUUUAGCCGCUGUGUUUUUAAAAGAAAUGAAGUUCAUUUAUUUGACUCUUCUCAUUAUUAGUGGAUUUGCAGUAUCAAGAUCAGAUGAGUUUGAUGUUGUUGGACCUGUAGCUCCUUUGAUCGCUAUACAUGGUAAGGAUGUAAUUCUGCCCUGUUCUCUCAAACCCAACAUCAGUGCUGUAGACAUGAGAGUCGAGUGGUUUAGACUUGAUCUCGAUGGCUCAGUAGUUCAUCUCUAUGAAGAUCAUGAAGAUAAAAACACAAAUCAGCUUCAGUCGUACAGAGAAAGAACUGAAGUGUUUAAAGAUGAACUAUCGAAAGGAAACACAUCACUCAAACUAUCAAGAGUUCAGAUCUCUGAUGAAGGAGCUUAUAAGUGUUUUAUUGAGUCUAAAACCAGGAGUGAUGACAUCACUGUUGAUCUCAGAGUUGAAGCUGUAGGAAGUCCUCCACUCAUCACUGUAGAUGGAUUUGAUGGUUCUGGUGGACUUCAUUUGCAGUGCGAAACUAAAGGCUGGUACCCUGAACCUGAACUUGUGUGGCUGGACAGUGAAGGAGUCACUUUGACAUCUGAAAAUACAGACAAACAGAGAGAGACAGAUGGAUUCAGAGUGAAACACAUGAUCACUGUAUAUAACAGAGACAGUAAAUAUCACUGUAGAGUCACAAUGAGACAUCACAUGAUGGAGACUGAGAUUAUUACAUCAAGUAACAUGUUUAACUCCUGGAGGACAUUAAUGAUCCUGAUUUCAUUUGCUGUUUUGUUCGGUGUGAUUGCUGGAAUAUUGAUCGCUGUGUUCAUCUAUAGACACAGAGAACUACAGAGAAAGAAACGGAGAGAGAACCAGAGAAUACAGAGUGAAGAUGAGAGACUAAAAAGUGAGGAAGAGAUACUACAGAGUGAGGAGAGGAGAAUAAAAAAUGAAUGUGAGAGACUUUCAAUGAUUGAGAAGGGGACAGUAGGAAGUUGGAAAUCACUAUUAAGAAAAUUUCAAGUGAAUGUGACUCUGGAUCCUGAUUCAGCUCAUCCAGAUCACAUUGUGUCUGAUGAUGGAAAACAAGUGAGAUGUGAAAAACAAUCAAAAACAGUGAAUGAUGAAGAUGAUGAGCAAAACAAGAAGUUUGAUAUACGUCAGUGUGUUCUUGGAAAGGAAGGAUUCACGUCAGGGUGUUUUUACUAUGAGGUGGAGGUGAAGGACUUAACGGUGUGGUUUAUGGGUGUGACCAGAGAAUCUGCUAAGAGGAAGGGAGAGAUCAGUCUGAAUCCUAAAAAUGGAUACUGGAUGAUGGGAUUUAGAGGCGAGAAGUAUCAGGCUAGUGAGUACCCACAUAUUCCUAUUACCGUGAGUGUGAAGCCUCAGAGAGUCGGGGUGUUUGUAGAUUAUGAGGAGGGUCGAGUCUCUUUUUAUGAUGUGGAGUCUAUGUGUCAUAUCUACUCAUUUACCGAUCAAUCUUUUAAUGAUAAACUAUACCCUGUUUACCGGCAUAUUAACCCUACACCACUUGUCAUCUAAUGAGAUUUAAUCUAAAAAUAAAAAUCCUCUUCUUAACUCUGAAUCGGGGCCACCAAAGUGGGACUCAUUUUCAGCCAUGGAGUUUUAUGCCUUACCACUUCAAUUCAGGACUCACUAUAUAAAAAUAAUGUAAUUAUAAUCUCAGUAUAAAAGGCCGCAAUAGUGCGCUGUUCUCUACAGCUUUAAAAUGCAUUGUAUUUUUCUAAAAAUUAUAAUUUUCAAAUUAGGGACGAAUACAGGAUCGUUCCACAAAUAUUAGUUUUUGUUUCCCUAGAUAGUGGAACCGCUUACCUGUCUGCGCAUCUUAGAGCUGCCCCCUCUUAAGUGGCUUUUAAAUCUCAAUUUUCUCUAGCUUUUGACUAGAUUCUAUAGUGACUGAGCGCCGGCUCGCAUGUCGGCUUGCUGUACCGUUUUAGUGCUACACAGUAGUGCCAUUAUGGAAUGCCAUUAGUGACAAAAUGCUUACAAAAACUGGUACUCCUCCACCACUCUUGGCGGGCGAUGUUGUGGGGCAUCGGCUGUCAUCCUUUCAUCAUUAAAUUAUAAUUUGGGUAUUGUUUUUAACUAUUAUUGUAUUACUGUAUUAUUGUAUUUACUUUCUAUAUUUAUUUCUACUUUCUAUCUAUUUAUUUCGAAUUUUUUUUUUUUUCUUUCUGAUAUUGUUAUGUUUUAUAAUUGUUUUAUAUUGUGCAGCACUUUGGUCAGUCCUGGACUGUUUUUAAAUGUGCAUUGAACUUGAACUUGUUUCCCUUGUGGUUGUUUUUUAGGAACCAAAUAAUAAUGAUCUGGAAAUGUUAUUUUUAGGUUAUAUUUUGCAAAUAGUUUAUUGAAAUUUGGCUCCCUUUGUGAUGUUACAAGGAGAAGGAGAUCUUUUUAUAAUAAUACAGCACCUUAAUCUGCUAUUUACUUACAGUGGGAGACGCCUUUUUUAUUGUUUUCUAUGGGCAGUGAGUGUAUUGCGCCCCCUGCCGCACCAUGUGGUUUUGCAGGAGUUCUCUGAGCGGCUGUAGUUGGAAAAAGUAAACUGAGUGGGAAAGUGCCCGAUGUCAUUCAUGUUUUUUCCAUUGUCCAAUCGAAUGAGGGGAAAGGCUUCCGUUUUGGUGAUAGAAGUUUACAGUUGCUUGGAAUAACCAGAGACUGCAGUCACUCACUUUCUCUGGCAUGCUUGUGCACCUCUCACCCUUGAUCAAGGUCAAAGCAAAGACCCUCUUUUAAUAGUUUCGGCUAAUGUGACAAUUAACAGCAAAGGAGCGCUCACGCUUUAAUAUUUGAUCGACAAGACAGAUGUCUCUGUAGUUGCCUAGCAAUUUAAAAAAAUGCACCUUUCUGAAGUCAAUAAAAUAAAGGCAGCAUUGUCCACGUUGCCUUUUCAAUAGUUUCGGCCGCUAAAGAUGCAUAUUUUUUAAGUUACCGUUUAAGAGAAUAAUACUGGGAGACACCGCUGGAGUUGAUUGUUUAUUAUGAAAUCAUGUAAUCUUAGCGUUGGAGUUUGACUAAAAAUGUUGAUUGUUUCUGCAGCGUAGAGUUCAUUUUCACUUUACUGUACUGUGUCUCAUUUUAUUAUGCCAACACAACAAAUGAUGCGCGCAGAAAGCGCAGGGACAAUUUGGCCGUUUCUGAUUAUUUAGGGGACAUGUCCCCCACAAUGUCUAUUGUGGUUACGGCCCUGCUGUAGGUCCUCUGCUGCAGAAUGUGCUUCCCUCUACUUCUCACUUCCUGCACACACUUUCCGCUUUAGCAUAAAUGCACAAACUCGUGUCAUUUAAAAAAUAAUGGUCAUUGUAUUUUAACUUUAUACUAUAUUGUAUAUAACCUUUUCCUUUAUCUAAUAACUUAAUAUAUGUGUGUGUGUGUGAGAGAGAGAGAGAGAGAGAGAGAGAGAGAGAGAGAGAGAGAGAGAGAGAGAGAGAGAGAGAGAGAGAGAGAGAGAGAGAGAGAGAGAGAGAGAGAGAGAGAGAGAAUAUAUAUUUGGGUUAUUUCUGAUCAAUUUGGCACAUCAAUUUGAUGUUAGUAAGCAAGAGCUUUUGAUUGUUGUAUCAGAUCAAGAGGCGGCUAAACUGCGUAAGAUUUGUCAAUCUAAA